AUGUUUGGAGGAGGCACAUCUUCAGGUUUUGGAGGGUUUGGCGCCAACACUGCCAAUAAUAACUCACCUUUUGGUGGGGGCGCCAACACAGCUACAAAUACAAAUGCAAAUACGGGCGCAUCACCAUUUGGAGCGACAAAUACAAACACAGGAGGAGGAUUAUUUGGCAGUACUGCAUCCAAUCCAACAUCAGCUUUUGGGUCCAGCAAUGUUUUUGGGUCUGGAAAUACUGGAACACUGGCUUUUGGAAGUAAUGCCCCUGGUGCUACUGGUGGUGGAGGUGGAUUGUUUGGAUCAAGCCAAGCUAAUAACACCAAUGCAUCUGCAUCUCCUUUUGGACAACCUCAGCAACCGGCAUCAUCAGUGUUUGGAGGUAAUACUCAAGGAACUUCUGCAUUUGGCUCCUCAAAUACUGGAACUGGUGGUGGACUCUUUGGUAGCAAGCCUGCAGGUACCACAUCUUUUGGAUUUGGUUCGCCGGCAGCGAACAAUACCACUGCUUCACCGUUUGGCGCAUCAUCAUCAUCAGCAACAACAACAAAUGCCUUUGGAGGAGUGCAAGGUGAUCCCAAUGUCAACAAUGGUACUGCUGUCAAGCCAUUUACACCGUUUAGUGAAAAGGAUACAGCAAAUAUAAACAAUGUGUUUCAAAAUAUAUGUUGUAUGCCAGAGUACAAGAACUAUUCGUUUGAAGAGUUGAGAUUAAAGGACUAUGAACAAGGAAGAAGGUUUGGGAACCAGGGGGCUACUGCUGCUGGAGGAGGUGCUUUUGGAAGUGCCGCCAACACUAGCACUGGCACUGGAUUUGGAUUUGGUGGGGCUUCGCAGCAACAACCAUCUACAGGAGGAGGACUAUUUGGAGGACAAUCUAACACUUCACCAUUUGGUAACACUGGAAAUACAGCAUCCGGAUUUGGUUCCAGUUUCAACAAGCCGGCUGCAUCACCAUUUGGGUCGUCAGGAGCGUUUGGGUCAACACAGCAACAGGCGUCUCCAUUUGGAGCAAACAACGCAAGCAAUGCAUUUGGAGCAAAUAAACCAGCGACUGGAUUUGGAGCAGCUAAUACCAAUACUGGUGGUGGGUUGUUUGGUGGUGCUGGUGGUGCUGGUGGAGGCUCGACCAAUGCAUUUGGACAAAAACCGGCGACUGGGUUUGGCACUGGUAACACCUCCGCAUUUGGUUCAUCUGGUGGUGGUGGUGGUUUCGGAAACACAGGUGCUUCUCCAUUUGGACAGGCUAAUAAUACCCAACAACAAGGUGGUGGAUUGUUUGGUGGAUCCAACACUGGUGGAGGUUUUGGAGGUGCUUCAAGUGGAUUCGGGCAAUCAAACACAGGUAAUGCAUUUGGCCAAUCCAAUACUGGUACUACUACUGGUGGUGGGUUAUUUGGUGGACAACAGCAACAGUCACUGGGAUUUGGUGCUAAGCCAAGCACUGGAUUCGGAUCGACUGGUGGCGGGUUGUUUGGCCAACAAAGUGGUAACCAACAACAAGGUGGUGGGCUUUUUGGAGGCGGUGCUCAACAAAAUCAACAGCAAGGUGGCGGGCUAUUUGGUGCCAAGCCAGCAGGGUCUACUUCCAUGUUUGGUCAACAAGGGAAUACCAAUGCAGGUGGUGGUUUAUUUGGUGGUCAAGCUAACAACAAUGCUGGUGCAACUGGUGGUGGUCUUUUUGGCUCCAAACCUGCGACAGGUGGUGGUUUGUUUGGUGGAAACUCGGGAACCACAAGCACUACUGGAGGCGGAGGACUAUUUGGUCAACAAAAUAACCUGCAACAACAACAGCAACAACAACAACAACAAGGUGGAGGCUUAUUUGGAGCUAAGCCUGCGACUGGUGGUGGUUUAUUUGGCAACACACAACAGAGCGGGACCACUGGCGGAGGCUUGUUUGGUGGUGGUGCACAGCAAAAUCAACCACAGCAACAGCAGCAACAAGGUGGUGGCUUGUUUGGGGGAUCGAAUACUGGAGGUGGCUUGUUUGGUUCCAAGCCAGCUGGAUCAACUACUUCUGGUGGUGGUCUUUUUGGAAAUGCUCAACAGGGUGGUAACACAUCGGGUGGAUUGUUUGGUGGUGCCAACAACACUAGUGGGGCAACUGGGGGUGGUUUAUUUGGAUCCAAUCAAGGAGGAGCGACUGGUGGUACAGGCGGUUUAGGAGGUGGAUUAUUUGGCAAUGCUAAUAAUCAACAACAGCAGCAACAACAGCAGCAGCAACAGCAACAACAACAGCAAUCAGGGCAGCCACUGUUUUUACAAAAGACUCAACAACAACAAACCCAACCGUUGGCCAAUAUCAACUCGCAAGAUCCAUAUGGGCAGAAUCCGUUAUUCCAAUCGAUUUCGGGUACUACACCUCAACAACAGCAGGCACUGGGCUAUGGUACUGAACAAAAGCCUAGAGCUACUAUCCUCAGAAGAUCUUUGGCAAUCCCAUCUCAAAACAAAAAAGUGGUGACAUUGGGCAGCACAGCGCAGAGAAUCACACCAUUGUACAAAGUCAGUGUAUUGCCUUCGCCCUCAUCUGCCACCAAGACCACAGUGGAGAAAGCGCAAGAUGAUCUUUUCAAGCAAAAGAGCGAUCAUCUUUUCACACCAGUUACUGAUCUGGCUAUCAUUACAUCUGACAUUUUCCGUCCAAAUAACAAUUUCAAAAAGUUGGUUGUUGAAAAGAGUAACAAUGGGAAAUACAAUUUGGCAAUUAGUGAUGGUGAUGGUGAUGGUGAUGGAAACUCACCAAAACAAGUUUCGUUUGCGUUGGAUGGCGACAAGAAGAAUGACAAGAGUCUCGAUUACGAGGAGAAUACUAAAGAAAAUGGUGGUAAUGUUGCUGUUGAUUCCAGCAAUGCUAAAGUUGUUCUUAAUGGUGACAACAAGGAUGAAGCAAAAAGGGAUAAGGAACUCACUACGCAAGAGAAUGGUGACCAAGAUGCAAAAGAAGUUACUAAAGAUGGGUAUUGGUCAUCACCACCCAUUUCUCAAUUGAAGACGAAAUCAUUAACCGAGCUCAAAUCAAUCGCCAACUUCAAGAUUGGUCGCAAAGGGUAUGGGUAUUUGCAAUUCCUCGAGCCAGUUGAUUUAUCAACAAUGUUGAAUCUCGACGACUUGUUUUCCCUUGUUGAGUUUGACACAAAGUCAUGUAUUAUCUAUCCCGAUGAUGAUUUGAAGCCACGUCGUGGUGAAGGAUUGAACUUGCCAGCAGAAAUCACGUUGCAUAAUUGUUGGCCAUUGAAUAAAGUUGAUCGUUUGCCUAUAUUGGAUCCGCAUUCUGAUGUUGUCAAGUUGCACAUUGAGAAUUUGCAAAAGUUGCCUGAUAUGAAGUAUGUCAAGUAUGAUCCUGUUAGUGGUGAUUGGACAUUUACAGUUGAUGGGGUAUAA